CCUCGUCUCUACAUUUGCUCGGACGCUGACAAGGUGACGCCUCAGGAAGAGGUCCUGACGCACUACGAAGAGGCAUUGACGAAAGGGUUCGAUGUUACUGUCGAGAAGUUCGCUGGCUCUCCGCACGUUGCACACGCUCGUAGCGAUCCAGAGAGGUACUGGAAUGCCAUUCGCCGGCUUUGGGCUAAGGCUGUAACAUCUUCGCGGCCUGUUUCUUCGAUUACGUGAUUCCACUGUAAAUAAUACCUCCCAGUGAGUCGUGACCCAGUCUGUAAGACACGUUAAUUAUAUCCUCGCCUUCUGUCUCGAUGCAUCGAUCGCCUGUAGCAAUCUAGUGCCUUGCGUACAUCAGGUGCCAAUGGAACAGUAUUUCUCACAUAAUUUUCGAAGACUUAAUGGAGGGCUAUGCGGCAUAUAUCCAGAUCCUUUCGGCGUCCAGUCAAGGCGUCAUAUAGGAUAUUUUCGUGCUGAGCUAGGCGUACGGACAGUCAUCCUCAACCAGCGCAUCGAUGUCACCAUGCACUUACUACGGCACUGUUGGACACGUAGCGCCGUUCAAAUUAUUUGUGGAUCCACGGCGAACAAACGGCAAUGGCCAAAAUGCGAUGGACUCAGGCCCCCGGAUUCUCUAUCAGAACGAAUGUCCGGACUCCGAAGCUGUUGCCAACCGGAUUUCAGGCCGGGAUCGGUCAGUUGCACUGGUAGAUGUCAAUCACACAUGACUAGACAUGCGGCAAGGACUGGUUCUAGAAAUGCCAUAGUAUGUGCGAUACGAGCUCGUCGACAUCCCACAGUGGACCAUCAUACACAUGCAUCAGAUGCUCAGCUCACAAUCGCGCCUUCCUUGUCUUCUAUCUCCUUAUCGCUCGGCCAACCAGUCUCCUCCACUGUAUCACCGCGAUUUAAACCUGCUAUGAUCCGUACCGUGAUGGACAGAUGUGGAGCUACGUUCCCGCAAGAUCAGGUUUCUAGUAUUGUGAAUGAUGUGCUGAACGCAGUAAGGCUGCCUCAUCAUUCCUUCGGCAACACAUGUGAUCUCUUCCAUGUAUGGAAUACCUGUCCACGGUCGCGCAGUCCGGAUGUCAGUCCGAUCAUGGCGCCAACAUUCACGGCACUACAUUAAGCAAUAUAUGCAGUAUGCAAUAUGCCGAACGUUGUUUUCUUGUUG